AUGUCGAGGACGGAUACAGAACGUUGCAUUUACAAAGUAUCAGCCACAAUGCGUGAUGUGAAACCCGAAGCCUAUAGACCUCGGAUGGCCCUUAUCGGUCUGCAUAACCGUUCUGCAAACCCGAAAGUUGCCAAGGACGGUGCUGGAACGAGUAACGAUCCAGGGCUCCGUGAAAAAUCACAUGACGACCUGAUUAUGGGCAGCGCUAAGUUCACUGCAGAUGUGAAACAAGAUCUAAUGUUGCUCGAGAAUCAACUUCCAUAUUUCAUAUUCGAUAGAUUGUUCGGUUCAUAUACGGAGAGUUUGGAUAUAAAGGGGACGGUUGAACAAUUCAUCCUGAAGUUCUUUUCCUUGGAGAGAACAAGAAAAACAAACUUCAGGCAUUUCACCGAUAUGUUCCGGUGUGUUUAUGAGGAAUCUCUUGAGAUAACUCCAACGUUGAACGACUUGAGUGCUAAAGCUAUUGUCAAGAUGGAGAACGCGGAUAACCUAUCCCGAGCAGGAGUGAAAUUCAAGACAUUCAGUCAAAUGGAAAAUUCAGAAUCAGACAGACCUCACCACGGUAAUCAACAGCCGUUGGAAUCGAUCUCCAUCAGAAAGGAGACGGAUGAUGAUUAUUCGCUGCGUGUGGUGUUUAACAGAGGCUGCUUAGUGAUGUCCUAUUUCCGUGCGGCUGAAGAUUCUGAAAUUAUUCUAAGAAAUGUCAUUGCAUUUGAGCAGUCCCAUGCUGCUGUAAAACCCUUUACUUCUAACUACAUAAAUUUCUUAAAUUUCCUAAUUACUACCGAAAAAGACGUUGAAGUACUCACAGAAGAAGGGGUGCUAAGAAGCGGUAUGGGUAGUCCAAGAUUAGUGGUGGAGAUGGUAAACAAUUUGAACCGUGGCCUGAAGGCACCGGAGAAUUCGCAAUACCAUAACAUAGCCAUAAAUCUCAGAGCUCACUAUAAAUCUCGCAGAAAAAGGUGUUGGGCCACUCUCAGUAAAGUCUACUUCAGUGACUUGUUGACCGGAACAGCUACAUUUGCGGCCGUAUUUCUCUUGUUUUUGACUCUGGUUGGGACGGUGGCUUCUGUCAUCCAAGCUUGCAAAAGCUUCAAGUAA